AUGUAUAACCGAUGGCUGGAUCAUGGACGCGUACCUGCAGUUUGCUUACUCUUUGGUGACAUCGCCAUGAAUCCUGAAAAGCACAAUGCAUACUAUAGUAUUGCUGGUGUGGUGACCCUUUAUCGACGAGAGAUCCGACCAUUGGCGUCGUACACGAUACAAUCCCGAGUCCUUGCGUGGGAUGAAAAGUGGCUCUUUCACCAACAUCGAUUCCUUCUUAAUGAUGGCACAGUGUCAUGCUUGGCUCUCACAAAGUCGGUCUUUAAGGAAAAAUCACGCAAGACGAUACCACCAGCCAAGUUGCUUGCCUUGGCAGGACACGACUUGACGGACCCAGAAGUUGAGGCACGACGAAAGAGGAACUAUGAAGAGGCCGUUGUCCCUUUUCUCAAGAUGGAUGCUUUUAUCAAUAAUGAGCCAUACCAGUGGGAAGACAAGGUAGAGGAUCCCCUUAGAGUGUCCAAGCUAUAG